AUGCACAGAGUGAUCUAUGAUAAUGUGCAUGUGAGCCUCACGGAAUAGUGGGCUUUCCUGGAUUCUUCUCAGAAGUGUCUCUACAAAGAUGUGAUGCUGGAGACCUACUGGAAUCUCACUGCUAUAGGCUAUACGUGGGAAGACCAUAAUAUUGAAGAACAUUUUCUAUGUUCUAGAAGACAAGAAAGGCAUGAAAAAAUUCAUAUUGGAGAGAAACCCUAUGAAAGGAUCCAACCUUGUGAAGCCUUUGCAUAUUACAGUAGUCUCCAAAUACAUAAAACAACACUUGCUGGAGAGAAAACCUAUGAGUGUAAACAAUGUGGUCAAGGCUUUGCAUGUCACAGUUCUGUUCAAAAGUGUAAAAGAGUUCAUAAAGGAGAGAAACCUUAUGAAUGCAAUCAAUGUGGUUAA